CUUGUCUAGAAUAGUUCAGAAACACUGCACAUUGUAGAUCAUUCACAAUCUUAAGGUGUGUCAAAGGUCUUACUGUGUGUGUCUUAAAUGGUGAGCGCAAAGUCAAUGAAACAGUAGCAAACAUUGCCUAUGGUAAUUCCUUUCAUCUCACUUCGGGAUGUCUUAUCAAUCAACUAGCAGCGUCGAGCAAUCUCAAGCAAGCAACCCUUCACUUGGUCAAACAUUGUUUCAUCACAUUCUUAUAAAAAAAAAGGUAUAUAACCUGGAUCGUUGCUUUUGCAAAUCUCAAUCCAGCGGAAACGCUUGUUCUUUCAUCUGUCAAAACAAUCCCUUGAAUAACUGGAUCGCUAUGACUUCCAACGAGCUAAGCGCAGAACUCGACUCGUAUCAGAAAUUACUCGGCACCGACAAAUCCAAUGCAGCCCGAUCCUCAUCCGAAAAACUGGCCAAGUUCAUCAAUUCCAGUCCGCUAGUCGACUGGUCAGUCAAACAGCUGCUCGCCCGAACUUCCUCUUCACCAUUUCUUCAGUACGGCGUGCUCUGCCACGAGUCACCAGCAACAGAAUACCCGAUCAAGCCGAUUCUACUCAACACUAAUGUGCCUUGGUCCGCCUUCCUCUGCGGCUCCCAGGGCUCGGGCAAGUCUCACACCUUGUCUUGUAUGCUGGAGAACUGUCUCCUUCGUCACGAAGCCGUUGGACGAAAUCCAAAUCCCCUGGCUGGUAUCGUUUUCCACUACGAUAGCUCUCAGACUAGUGGUGUUUGCGAAGCAGCGUACCUAAGUUCCAAAGUCAAGACGAGGGUGCUCGUGAGUAAGAGCAGUUACAAAAAGCUGAGAUCACAGUACUUGAAUAUGGCGAGCAAAGUGAAUGGUAACCUGACUGUGGAACAAUUGGAGAUUCAUCCGUCUCACCUAGAUACCGCGCGGGUCAAGACAUUGAUGGCGGUUGGAACCGACACUGAUAUGCCACUGUACAUGCAUACCAUUCUGAAGAUUCUCCGGGACAUGGCGAUUGAAAGCGGCGGAGAGGACAGAUUCGACUACCGAGUCUUCAAAAACAAACUGACGAAGCAAGGUUUCAUGGAAAAGCAAACGCCAGCUGUAAAAAUGCGCCUGGAUCUCCUCGAAAGCUUUCUCGAUGUGACCGCCAACACGAAAACUCGCGACCUUUUGAAAGGCGAAUCGGGCGUGCUCACCAUCAUUGACCUCACUGAUCCCGUCAUCGAUGCCGACACGGCUUGCGUCUUGUUCGAUAUUUGCCUUUCCAUCUUCAUGUCUCAGACCCGGCGCGGAACCAUUGUUGCUCUCGACGAGGCACACAAUUACAUGUCUGAGAGCAGCAGCGCGGCGGGCCAAUUCACGGGUAGACUACUCAAAACUGUUCGCGAGCAGCGACAUCAGGGGGCGAGGGUGGUCAUCGCAACACAAGAGCCUACAAUCAAUACGGCGCUGCUGGAUUUGUGUAGCAUCACGAUGGUCCAUCGCUGCACGAGCCCGGCGUGGUUUGCCGUGCUCAAAAAACAUGUAGCGGGGUUACACAUGCAACAGACGGACAACGAGAGCGAGCAGGACGGAAGUGAUACACCAGGUGCAAACGAACGUGGCAAUGAGAUAUUCCGGCAGAUCGUUCAAUUGAAAUUGGGGGAGAGUCUGCUAUUUUGUCCCAUGGCUGCUGUCGGAUUUGAUGAGCGGGGUGAGUUGCAGAGGAUGAAUCAUCGCUUCAUGAAGGUGAAGACUAGAGACAGGGUCACCAACGAUGGAGGUGUCAGCAAGCUCGCUGGCGACGGCUAUUGA